AUGCGUGGGUACGUACACCGCGCUGGUGCCGAUGGGAAAGCUGAACGAUCUGCGGCAUAUAUAGCGCUCGGAACGAAUUUCGGUGGAAAUUUACGGUUAAAAAUACUUGAAGAUGCAAUUGAAAGUAUUCAAAAAGAAAUUGGUUCAAUUGAUGCAUGUUCAUGUUUGUAUGAAUCGCUGCCGGGGUACGACGUGGUUGCUCACCAGAAGAAAGAAACACACGAUCUAUCAUUGCCGCUGCAUCUGAAUGCGGUUCUGCGCGUGAAAACAAAUACAACAGAUCCAAAUUCUCUUUUAGAAAUACUUCAGGCCAUUGAACUCAAACAUGGCAGAGAUAGAUCCUCUACAGCUGUGCGGCUACACAGAAAGCUAGACCUUGAUCUGCUCUUUUUUCAAGAUGCGCAUGCAAACACCAUCGAAAUACAAACCGAGAAACUCACUCUCCCGCAUCCACGGCUCCAUAACCGCAACUUCGUUCUCUUCCCCCUCUGUGACAUUCAGCCCGACUUGGUGCAUCCACCAACAAGAAAGCAGAUUAAAGAUUUGCUUGUAGAGAACUUGCAGAGGAGAGAAGAAGUUUUGAAGGGUGCAUGCAGCAGUUCAUCAGAUGGAAAUACAGCUCCUGCUGUAUAUACACUCGACGGAAACCUCGCUAUUCCUCGCCGAUGUUUCGCACUGAAUGGCCACCAACUCUGGACUGUGAAGGGGGGAGCUGAGGCGGCUGUAUCCGAUACCUUGAGGUGGAUAGAAGAAGUUCUGAAGAAAUAUGAAAUAAAAGAAAACAACGCAGCAAGCGAUACGCCUCCUCCUGCGUUUGCAGAUACUCUGCUGGGUCUUAGGCGUUUUCUGCUGCAGGAGCCGCGGGGCCCCAGGCUGAUGGGGGUUUUGAAUGUAACCCCUGAUUCUUUCAGUGAUGGAUUGAAGUUUUAUAACAAUGUUGAGGCAGCUAUGCAGCAUGCACAGAGAAUGAUAGACGAUGGAGCAGAUAGAAUGAUAGACGAUGGAGCAGAUGUAAUUGAUGUAGGAGGAGAAGCAAGAAACCCAUACGUGCAAGAAGAGGUGUCUGUACACUCCGAAAUACAAAGAGUUGUUCCAGUCAUCGAGGCAAUCAGAAAAGAAAUUGGAAAAGAUUUUGUUAUUUCUGUUGAUACAAGAAGAUCGCCAGUGGCGGAGGCUGCAGUAGCCGCAGGUGCAGACCUGGUGAGCAUCGGGGUGUCUAUACACCCCAAAAAGAUACAAUAA